AUGGGUUCGGCUGUGACUACAGAGCCGACCGAGUCGGCCAUGAAAGAAUACCUUCACUCGCUGCCAGAGAUGCACCUGGAGCCGCUAUGGAUGCGGAUGAGUGCCAUGGUCCCUCCGUCGCCCAAUCCUGCCUGUCAGCCGCACCUGUGGUCCUACGGCGACUGCCUGCCCUUCCUCUCCACGGCGGGCGAGCUCGUUACCGAGCAGAUGGCAGAGAGGAGAGUCCUGAUGCUGGUCAAUCCCUCUAUGAAGGCCCCCCACACCACGGACACCCUCUAUGGUGGUCUGCAGUGGGUAAAUCCGGGGGAGGUUGCGCCCGCCCAUCGCCACAUUGCCUACGCCGCCCGGUUCAUCAUCGAGGGCAGCGGCUUCACCGCCGUGGAGGGCAAGAAGAUGCCCCUGGAGCGCGGCGACGUGGUGGUCACGCCAACCUGGCACUGGCACGACCACGGCAACGAGAGCGACAAGCCGGUCAUCUGGCUCGACGUCCUGAACCUGCCCCUCUUCACCUACCUCCCCGUCAACUUUGCGGAAGGCUACGAGCAAGAUAGGUACCCUAGCGUCGAGGAUGCCGGCGCGGACUGGCGCCACCCCUGGCACAAGACGCAGGCGGCCCUGGACGGCACGAAGGAGCCGCACGCCGUCUUUCACUACCAGGACGCUCGCGGCGGUCCCCUGUCCACCACCGUCGGCGUGCAGGCGGAGCGCCUGGCGCCAUCGUCGAGCUCGGCGCCCUCGCGCGAGGUCAGCUCGUUCCUGUACCACUGCUACGGCGGGCAGGGCCACACGAUUGUGACCCCGCCGCAUGGUGAGAAGCUGGUUCUGCACUGGCGGGGACGAGAUACUUUUGCGGUGCCGGCGUGGUCCGGCAUGCAGCAUUUUAACGAGUCGAGCACGGAGCCGGCGUACUUGGUCGGCUUCCAUGACGGGCCGUUCAUUGAUAAUUUGGGACUCCGAGCUAGUGCACCUGCGCUUAAGUAG